CAUGCGCAUUGACUGCCAUCGAGGCAGCCGCUCUCCUCUCAGCUGACAUUUGCGGUAGUAAGAUAGCCGCCGUGUUAGCAACGCAACCCCGCUCCCUUUCCGGCAAAUUCCUCCACUUUCCCUCUUAAUCCCCCCCAGGGUGACUGGCACAGGUGCGGGGGCGGCUUCUCUGCAUCCUGUAUGGCGUUAAAUCGGCCAUGGCGCUUGCGUUCAAACGCGUUGAUAACCCUGUCGUGCUAAUUAGCAUCUAGGCUAGCUUGCUAGCUCGUUUGGGAAGUUCCGAGUUUGGCGAGGCGGUUCAGCUUUACCAACCAUGGGAAUACUUUUCACCAAGUUAUGGAGGAUUUUUAACCACCAAGAGCACAAAGUCAUCAUUGUCGGUCUAGACAACGCGGGCAAGACCACCAUUCUUUACCAGUUUUCCAUGAACGAGGUGGUGCAUACGUCGCCUACCAUUGGUAGCAAUGUAGAGGAGAUCGUGGUGAAAAACACGCACUUCCUCAUGUGGGACAUCGGCGGGCAGGAGUCACUGAGGUCCUCGUGGAAUACCUAUUACACUAACACGGAGUUUGUGAUCGUGGUGGUCGACAGCACUGACCGGGAAAGAAUCUCAGUGACCAAAGAGGAGCUCUACAGAAUGCUGGCGCAUGAAGACCUGAGGAAGGCGGGACUCCUGGUGUUUGCCAACAAGCAGGAUGUGAAGGGCUGCAUGUCGGUGGCCGAUAUCUCGCACAGCCUGCAGCUCACAGCGGUCAAAGACCACCAAUGGCACAUCCAGGCCUGCUGUGCCCUCACCGGAGAAGGCUUGUGUCAGGGUCUUGAGUGGAUGAUGUCACGGUUACGAGUCAGAUGAUGGCCUCUGAACGUUCAUCUGGUCUCGCUCCAGGACUUUGAUCGUGACGAGUUGGUGGCUUGGCCUCGGCCUUUUUCCCCACCAAGCUAUUUUGAGGACCUUCUUUUUGUCUUGUGUGAUAAUUUAUUGGAUCAAGGACUUUAUUUAAAGUGCACGCUUUUUCCUUUCAACAAGAUGGAGGUCCUCUUCUGCAGCCCCCGCGGCCUUGACAUAGUAUUCCCGGACCAGCGACGUUGCGUCCAGUCCAGUAUUGUUUUAACACGGUGCCUGUAGCAACAUGGACGCUCGGUGUGAUGUUGAAUGAGGUGGAUGGGAGUGGGACUGGUGGUGGGGGGGGGGGGGGGGUAAUCACAUGACGCACCCUCCUGAAGAUAAAACCAGUCAAUUAAAUGUUUUUAUCUGUUCAUCUCAA